ACACUGGCGUUUGAAGAAAUACCAUUUACCAGUUAAUUAUCAAAUGAAAAUUUUCGAACUUUUCUGGACGAAACAUGGAUUUGCUAUGGUCCAUAGCCCAAGAAGCUUGGAGACUGAAUAGAUUUCAAAGAUAUAAAGCAGGUGAAGAAGAUGUGGAGAUUGAUUCAGUUGAUGAACAAUUAUUUCUCACAAAAUCUGAACGCCAUGAAAGGAGGAAAAGGAUCAAUGCUAUUUUGAGGAGAAUGAGGAAACCUUCUUAAAGAUUAAUUAAUAUUAUUAAAAAAAAUAUACAAUCCUCGAUUCAUUAGUAUUUUUCAUAAACAUACUUGUAAA